CUUCAAUUCAACGAUAUUACUGACAAUAAGGUAACAAAUUUAGGCUUCAGUUGCUGUAUUUUCAGACGGAAUAUACUAUCUUCGGGACGGCAUAGUUCCUACGGUGCCAGACUGAGCUUUAAGCGGUAAAACCGGCGAAAGUAAGAUGCAGAAGGACUCGAGCCGCAGCCCCUCGUACACGGUGCCAUGUGACGACUAUGUUCAUGUGGUGGAGUUCAGCCCGUUCAGCUCCGGUGCUCCGGCCUCCCUCCUGGCUUAUGGUGGGAAUCAGUACGUGGUCGUGGCCACGUGUCUGUUUCAGGAGGAGGACAUGGAGGUGGAGGGAGUUGAAUUCAAUGUUCUUCGGCAUUUCCAUCACGAGCUGCGGGUGGAUGCUCUCGCUUGGAGCCCUGAGUCUCGGCUGGACCGGAUACCAACCAUCAGACUGUGCACCGCCGCAGCCGACAGAAAGCUCCGCCUGCUGACCCCUGACCUGCAGGACAGGCAUGAAGUCAAGGUCAUCGAAGGCCACACUAGCUACAUCAACCACUUGGUGUUCGAACCCACGGAGGGGAAGCAAAUUGCUUCCGUCAGCGAUGACAACACUUGCAGGGUGUGGGACCUGGAUGGGAACGAAUGCGUCACGCUGAGACUGCGCUCCCCGGGCAUCAGUGUGUGCUGGCACCCACAGGAAGUCAUGAAGCUAAUGGUGGCAGAGAAGAAAGGGACGAUUCGCUUCUAUAACCUGGUCAGGCAAGAGGCCAUCCUGUCGCUGGACUGCGGGCCGCUCAUGUUCGCCGACUGGUGCAUUCCCAACACCAUCAAAGUCGGCGGCGUGUCGGGAAACGACUGGCUCAUCUGGGACAUAACCCGGUCCAGUUACCCACAAGAAAAGCGGCCGGCUCACAUUGACAAAGCUCGACUGUUCAAGUGGUCUCGAGCCAACGAAAACCUCUUCGCCACCACCGGAUAUCCGGGAAAGAUCAACAGUCAGAUAAUCAUCCACCACCUCGGCCACCCACAGCCGGUGACCAUCGGAUCGGCGAUGGUGGGAUCGGGCCUCAGCUGGCACCGCACGCUGCCGCUCUGCGUGGUUGGUAGCGACAGGAAACUUUGCUUUUGGAUGACCGAGAUGUAGGACACGUGAAGCACUUUCUCUGCUGGACGACUUCGAUUGCUGUUUUUCAUAAAUGCUCAAUAAAAUAUUUUUGCACGUG